AUGAUGGCAGCUAGCGCCACGGCCUCCGCCCCGCUGGCGGCUGGCUGUAAGCGCCUGCACGGCCAGCGCUCGGCGUCUUUCGACGCAGACGCGUCGCCGCCGGGCGUGCUGCGCAGGAGGAGCGGCGCGCAGUCCUCCUCGUGGUCGUCGGGCGACACUCUUGGCGCCCUUCUCGACAGCGGCCGCCCGUCCUUCCAUGGGGCGGACUCGGGCAGCGAUGACGGGCGCUCGUCGGCGUCGACGCUCUCCUUCGAGGGCGGCAUGCGCAGCGCCGGCGAGAUGAGCGCGCUCUUCGGAUCUCUGUUCAGCGUCGUUGACGCGAACGGGUCUCCGGCAAGCAGCGUCUCCAGCUCAGGGCAGACGGUGGUGAAGGAGCUGCUGGAGGAGCAGGCGGCGGCGAGCAGGCGGGCGGUUGAGCGCGCCGCCAAGCGCGACAAGCGCGAGACCGACGCGUGGAGCCCCGACGAGGACAUUCUCAUUCUCAAGCUCGCGAGCAAGUCCGCCGAGGUCUCCCGUCUCUCCGCUUCUCUCUCCGAGGUUCGCGCGAAGCAGGAGCCGCCGCCGCCGCCGCCGCCGCUGUCUGCAGUCCCGCCGCCGCUGCAGCUGUCGGUGGUGCUGCCGCCCGCAGCGCCGCCCGCCGCCGCGGCGCCUUUGCGCGGGUGCAUGGCGUCCUCCGCCCGCAAGCGCGCCCGCACCGGCGGCAGCGGCGAGGAGGACGCAGAGCCCGUGCCGGUCGCGGAUGGCUUCGAGGCGCCCAUCUUUGGAGCGCGCAUCGUCGGCCAGGUCACCACGCUGCCGCUCGAGGGCGAGGACGGCCCUCUAUCGCUCAGUCAGGUUAGCGUGGCGAGCGACCACGCGGGCGCCUGGUACGUCGCGACGAAGGACUCGCUGCUGCACGUCUCGGUGGCCGGGCGCGUGCGCCGCGUAGCAGCCUUGACGGCAAGUGAAGCCUCCUACACCGUUGCUGCUAGCCCAGACGGGAGCGCGGUGUUUGUGGCGGACUACAGCAACCACAAGAUUCGGCUGGUGGAGGUGGCGACUGGCGCGGUGACGACGCUCGCGGGCAGCGGCGAGGCAGGCGACGUGGAUGGCGUCGGCGAAGCGGCGGAGUUCAACAGCCCAGCCGGCAUCGCCAUCGGCCCAGACGGGAGCGCGCUGUUUGUGGCGGACCAAUGCAACCAGAAGAUCCGGCGGGUUGAGGUGGCGACUGGCGCGGUGACCACGCUCGCGGGCAGCGGCGAGGGUGGCGACGCGGAUGGCGUGGGCGACGCGGCGGAGUUCUACAGCCCACUUAGCAUCUCCAUCAGCCCAGACGGCGGCGCGCUAUUUGUGGCGGACCAAUGCAACAACAAGAUCCGGCGGGUGGAGGUGGCGACGGGAGAGGUGACGACGGUCGCGGGCAGUGGCGAGGAUGGCGACGUGGAUGGCGUGGGCGAUGCGGCGCAGUUCUACGACCCAGUUGGCAUCGCCAUCAGCCCGGACGGCAGCGCGCUGUUUGUGGCGGACUAUGAGAACAACAAGAUCCGGCGGGUGGAGGUGGCGACGGGGGACUUGACGUGUUGCGUCACUGUUCACGCAAAGACACAACCCCGGGCCCAAGACUCACACUGUUCACACUAUAGAGAGGGUGAAAAUUGCGUUUCACCAUGA